AUGAAGCUUGUCGUCCUCCUUCUCGCAGCGGCUUCUGCUGCUUGGGCACAGGACACCGUCUCCGCAACCGGUGGAGCGUGCGAGCCUCAUGGGGAUCACUGGCACUGCCCGGAGGGCGUCCCGGAGCCGACCACUCCUCCGCCAGCUGAGUCCGCCGUUGAGACCACCCUUGCGACCUCUACUGUGCCGGCCGAGUCUGCGCCAGCUUCCAUCACUGCGACUGUGACGGAAGACCACGACCACGAGGAGUCCGUCACCGUCGGCACUACGUGCGAACCGCAUGGCGAUCACUGGCACUGCCCGUCCGGUGUCCCCGAGCCGACCACUCCCCCAGCUGCCGUGACUACCGCCACUGAAGAUGACCACGAGCACGAGGCCACUGCCACCACUUGCGAGCCGCAUGGAGAUCACUGGCAUUGCCCGUCCGGAGUCACUGAGCCAACCACACCGCCUGCUGCCGAGACGACUACCCCUUCCGGAAACGCUACCGGAACUCCCACAACACCAACUCCAAGCCAAUUCACCGGCGCUGCUGCUGACGUGGUUCGCGGUGGAAGUUUCGCAGCGGCAGUCCUGGGCGCCGCAGGCGCUUUCUUCAUUUGA